CUAUGUAUCCUUUAUCCAUCUGUAAAUAUAGCUUUUUGUGAUCAACUUCCUGGUUUUCGAUCCAAUGCCGACCCACAAGCUAGCAACCGUAUGGCCAUUAAGACAACAUGUUGCCGUCAUGGCAUUCCCAUUUGGCUGCCAUCCUCUUUCUCUCUUGAAGCUAGUCCAGAAACUAGCAAUUGCGGCUCCACACACUCAUUUUUCUUUCUUUAACACAACCAGCUCCAAUAAUUCUCUCUUCUUCACGUCGACAGCAAGCGAUUUGCCUUGUAACGUAAAAGCGUACAAUGUGGCUGAUGGUGCCCCCAUGAAUCAUAUAAUUUCAGGACAUUCUGUAGAACGGGUGGAGCUAUUUAUGAAAGCUACACCAGAUAAUUUCAGAGAAGGGUUGGAAAUUGCGAUGACGGAGAUGGGUCAAAUCAAUUGCUUGAUAACAGAUGCAUUCUUGCUUUUUGGUGGGGCAAUUGCUGAGGAUUUGAAUGUUCCUUGGAUCCCAGUUUGGAUCCCUGUGCCCCAUUCUCUAUCUGCGCAUAUUUAUUCUGACAUGAUUCGUAAGCAUUAUAACAUUAAUAAUCUUUCUAGUGACAAUGAUAGUAGAGAUCCUGAAAAUAUCCUAGAAAAGAUUCCAGGAUUAGGUGAAUUGCGGAUUGCGGAUUUACCUGAUGAAGUGUUGCUGAAUGAAACACAAGAAAGCCUCCUUUGUUACAUGCUGAGUCAAGUUGGAAAUGUACUUCCACAAGCAAGUGCUCUUGUUAUGAAUUUUUAUAAGGAACUUUACUCUACACCCUUAUUAGACGACCUGAAGACCAAGUUUCCGAGCUUACUUAAUGUUGGUUUUUUGACCCUUUCAAUUCCACCAUGCCCAUUGCCAUUAUCUAAUGCAGAUGCAACCGGCUGUCUAUCAUGGUUGGAUAGCCAGAAACCCACAUCAGUAGCGUAUAUUAGCUUUGGAACUGUGGUCAACAUUCCUUCUAGUGAGAUAGUAGAACUAGCAGAAGCACUUGAAGAGACUAAACUUCCAUUCCUUUGGUCACUUAGGGACAAUUUAAUUAGCAAAUUGCCUCAAGGGUUUCUUGACAGGACUAAGUUGGACGGGAAGGUGGUUCCAUGGGCACCACAGAAUCAGGUUUUAGCACACAAUUCAAUCAAUGUUUAUAUAACACACUGUGGAGCUAAUUCUGUAUAUGAAAGUAUGGCAAAUGGAGUUCCAAUGAUCUGUAGGCCAGUCUUUGCUGAUAAUAGAAUAAAUGCACGAAUAGUGGAGGAUAUAUGGGGAAUCGGUGUGAGAAUUGAUGAUGGUGUAUUCACAAAGAAAGGAGUAAUCAAGAGCUUGGAGCUAGUCCUGGAAAAUGAAGAAGGCAGAAGAAUAAGAAGAAAGGUCCAUGCCCUCCAACAGCUUGUUUUUAAGGCUGCUAAAGCUAAUGGGCAUGCCGCUCAAGAUUUCAAAACUUUGGUGGAAAAAUGUUCAUUAAAGUAACAUGUAAUGCACCUCUUAAAAAGUUAUAUGUAAAGUAGAAAUUAUAGCUUGAGGUGGGUUCAUGAAUAAACAUAACUAGAUAUUGACAGAAGUUUCUAGAUAGUUCUAGCUUAGGAUCAAUAAAUUAAUCAAGUGCUUUUAGAAGUUUCUAUGGUUAUCUACUUAAGAAGACUAAUCUAAAAUAGAUAAAACGAGGAUUAUUAAAUGGAAACCCAUAUAUUGAUAUAAAUAUGUGGACAUGUAUGUUUUUUUUUAUUUUAUUUUUAAGGUACGUGAAUAAGAACUUCCAACUUCCACAAAUUAUGUACGUCACUUCAGAAAUAUGAGAUUUCAACAUAUCAAAGGACAAUAAUUGUAAAUUGAUUAGAAGGGUAUUAUGGUAUUUUACAGUAGCUAUUUCCAAGGAAAAAGCAACAGUACAUGG